CGACAGCGAGUCGUCGCGACCGCGAGGUAGAUAGUGAAUGUCAGUGGUGAAUGGAAUGUAUUUCGAGUUGAACGGUGAAAUGUUAUGACGUGCAGCAGUUGCCUUUGUUUCAAUAACAUUCGAAUAGUUUACCAAAAGGAUCAUAGCUAACAUAAUGUAAUUGAAACGUGAUAUACAAUAGAAUAAUAGUGUUCGAAUUAUGAUUUUAUCCAAAGUAUGAUUGUGCCACGAAGAAUUAGCAUAGUUAGGUGUUUUGUGAAUGUUGUGCCAAUAAUGAGAUAGUGGUGUGUUUGUGAUGCGGCUGUGGGACAUGUGGGCUGUGCUGUGGACCCUCGAGGCUCUGGCUCAGCUCGCGGGGGUGCUCGCUACGCCGUUGGACCCCGCGCCGCUGUCUCUGAGAGGGUUGUCACCGUUCGUGCGGCACUGGCAGCCGGCGGUGUACGAGCCGUUGCCCACCGCGCGGCGACGGCGCGCCGCGCACCUCUCGCCGCCGCCCGCCACACUGCGCCUCGCCUUCACAGCACACAACAGAAAGUUUCGCAUAGUGCUGCAGCCAGACCCGACGUCGGUGUUCGCGGACGGCGUCCAGUUCCACUCGUCCGCUGGACCCAUAGACUACAACACCAAGCUUGUUUACUCGGGGAAAUUGGAAGAUGACGAUUCCUCACUCGUUUACGGUGUCAUCACCGCUGACGGUCUCUUCGAUGGAACAAUAUGGACUCCCACUGAAGAGUAUUACGUCGAACCUCUAUCCCGGUACGACGUCAACCAUCCUUCCAUGCACAGUGUCAUCUACAGGAGAUCAGACGUCGAGCAUCCCCAUGCAAUCCACGAUAACCCUCACUGCGCUUCACAUCUUCUCCACAUCAAAGGCAAACUGGGAUACCAAGGGGAACUGUUCAACUUUACCGACCAGGUGACAGUUGAAGAGGCAUUCAGCAACGACACAGAUGACUUGAAAAGCGAAAUAAACAGACGUAAGAAGCGAUGGCUUCCCGAAGACGAAAUGCAAGACGAUGAACCAAAGAAGAAUCCCGAACUACCGUUAGACUUAGACGUUCCGUACACCAGUAAUAGUGAUCCGUUUGAUAAGUUCAGUACGAGAAAGCCAAAAACCAAAAUCGAUAAAAGUAACCUCAUUACUAAAGUGCGACUCGACUCUGAGGAAUCGAGACCGAAGCCAAAGACGCAUGUCGAAGUGAUAAAGACUAAAGCAGGUGUUGUGACUGUUAGUAAGGAUAUAGUUAAGAAGGAGCCAGUAGGGUAUACUGUAUUGUCCGCAAACGCGAGCGACGAUGGGAGACAUGUAAACAAACGGGCAACUGUAGACCCGAGGAAAACAACUUGUUUAGUAUAUUUACAAGCCGACCACAUGUUUUACCAGAGAUAUGGCUCAGAGGAAGCGUGUAUAGAAGUUAUGACUCGACACGUGCAGAAAGUUAAUGCGAUAUAUAAAGUUACAGAUUUCAAUCAAGAUGGAAAACCGGAUAACAUAACGUUUAUGAUUAAAAGAAUUAAGGUUCACACGCUAGACGCUCUCAAAGACCCAGCUUACAGGUUUCCUAACAACUACGGAGUAGAGAAAUAUUUGGAACUGUUUUCAGAGGAAGAUUACGACGCGUUUUGUCUGGCGUACAUGUUUACGUACCGGGACUUUGAAAUGGGCACAUUGGGUUUGGCCUGGACCGGUGAUCUGAAAAACGCUGGCGGAGUCUGCGAAAAGAAUGGCCACUACCGCGGCAGCAUGAAGUCGCUCAACACCGGCAUCGUGACAUUGCUGAACUACGGCAAGCAUGUGCCGCCUGCCGUCUCACACGUCACUCUCGCGCACGAGAUCGGACACAACUUCGGAUCACCGCAUGAUCCAGAAAUGUGCACGCCCUUCGGAGAGGACGGCAACUACAUAAUGUUCGCGCGCGCCACGAGUGGCGACCGCAAGAACAACAACAAGUUCUCGCCGUGCUCCCUGCGAGCCAUUGACCCGGUGCUCAACAACAAGGCGCGAUCACCAAAGGGAUGCUUCACAGAACCACAGCCAGCGAUUUGCGGCAACGGCGUGGUAGAAGAAGGCGAGGAGUGCGACUGCGGCUGGGCCUCGGAGUGCACCGACGUGUGCUGCCGCCCGCAGGCCGUGCGCCCGCACUACAAGCCGUGCACUCUCACCGAGCAUAGCGUCUGCAGUCCUAGUCAGGGUCCAUGCUGUACGUCGUCGUGUACGCUCAAGUUCGGCGACAAGUGUCGCUCGGACAACGGCUGCCGUGACGCCGCGCACUGCGACGGCAAGCGCGCCGCCUGCCCUGCCAGCAGGCACAAGCCCAACCGCACCAGAUGCGACAAAGAGCUCGUCUGCUUUAUGGGAGAGUGCACAGGCUCAAUCUGCCUGGCGUACGGGCUGGAGUCGUGCCAGUGCGCGCCGCGCAAGGACGACGCGCGCUCGGCGUGCGAGCUGUGCUGCCGCAAGCCGGGCGCGCCGUGCGUGUCGUCCUUCCACUGGAACACGGCGCCCUACGACGUGCCCGACAUGUACGCCAAGCCCGGCACGCCGUGUAACGACUACAACGGGUACUGCGACGUGUUCCAACGCUGCCGCGAGGUGGACCCGUCGGGCCCGCUGGCCACGCUGCGCAAGCUGCUGCUGUCGGACGAGUCCAUCGCCGGCUUCAAGCGCUGGGUGCUGCGCCACUGGUACGCCGUGCUGCUCAUCCUGCUCGCCGUCAUUGCUUUACUGGUGGCUAGCACCCGUUUCUUCGGUCGUCAAGCGAAGAAGAUCAAAUCAGUCACAAUCAUUCACUCAUCCACCACAGAAACCGUCCGCCUGCCUGAAGCCACUGACCAGGGGCUCAUCGUGCACACUGCUGUUAGAUCUAAAGUUCCUCUGAAAAAGAAAGUGGCUCUUAGAACUCGUGCUUACCGAAGUAAGAAGGACGCGCAAAAAGGUGACAAGGCGUCGCCCUCCCAUAUCAUCAAGAAAAGAAAGCCGAGCAAUCCACCAAAAACAGACGAACCGCAAAAAGUGCCUAAAGAAAAUACAGCGGUAGUCACGAACGCCGAGGGAAAAUCUCCAAAACAUGUUAUAUUGUCGAAACAUAAAAACAAAGUGAAAAAACGAAAGAUAAAAGUGAAAAAAGAAACGAUCGACUAUAGUUCCAUGCAAAAGCAUUCCUCGACUCCUCCGAUUAAGGAUACCGAAGCUCUUACUAAAGUGCAAAAAUGGCUCCUUAGCUCCCCUCAGCCUACCGUUAUUCCUAAAUCUAAGUCUAUUCCACUAGGCCUCACAGAAAGAACCCACAGACAACCCUCCAAGGGUGUGAGAAAAACUAGACCGUCCAAAAGCGCAACCAACCUUCUCUCUGGAGAAAAAACUAGGUUGCAAGUUGUCUUCAAACCUCCGUUCCGAUUUAGUGUUAAAAUUUGUAAAAGUGAUAAAACAAAAGUCGUGCUCGACAAAUCGUCGAAACCCGACGUAGACAGGAAGCGACACGACACUUUGCCGCAGCUCGCCUGUCCCGCUGACGCCAAACCUAGUUUUAAAGCACCUAAACACGCCAGAAGUGCCGUAGACAAUAGCAGUGCCCCCAAAACGGAGACCACAAGUCAAGAGGGAGUCGUUCAUGGGUACGAAAAUUUACUGCCACGUAGUGCCAGCGAUUGUAAAGUUGGAAGAAAAAUACCCGAUCUGAAAAUCCGGACGGGGCAUAAAAAGAGCAAUUCCGUGGGUCAGAAUCGAGAGACUACAGAAAGUAGACAGAACCUCAUAUCCCAGGAGGACUUCGACAACGCCCACGUGUACGAAAACGUCCUCAUGACCCAGGACGCUUUCGUGCCGAAGAGUUGCAGCAUGCCGCGGCGGCAGACCAGCGCCGGCAUCUCGCGCCAGAGCAGCUACGGCCAUCUACCUCGAGCACAAAUCCGCCCACAUAGACAUAGCACUAACAACGUCAGUCGAUCUAGGAACAACAGCACGAACGAACCCGAACACUUUUACAAUAUAAUCGAGACGUUGAGACGAGAUAACCCGCUCGCGAACAACAACAGCAAUACGAACACGAGUAGUUCUUCGGGCAGCAGCAGUCGCGACGGGCUCUCGAGGAACGGGAAGACGUCUCGCCAGAACAGUCUAGUCGACAAGCGGUCGUGCGGUGCCGAGGCGCCGACCUCGUCCAAGCUCACGCGGCAGCUGAGCGAGGUGGAGCUGUGCAAGGCGCAGGACAACAGUCUGAAGAGCUUCCAGUUGGUAGUCGGCAAAGAUAAGCUCAAGCGGCAACUGAGCGACAACGAGCUGAGUCGGUCGCGGCUGCAGCUCGCCAUGCCGAUGUCCGCGGGCGCGGAGCCGCGGCCGGCCUUCUGCUGGAACAAGCGCGCCUCCCUCGACUGCGAGGCGUCGCUGCCGGCCGCGAGAGUCGCCAAGCCGCGCGCCAACAAAAAGAGAACCACCUACACCUUCGGCGAACUCAAGAACACGGUCCCGAACUCCACCGACGGAUCCGCCGUCGAGGGCAUCCACAUCUCGCCGGAGGACUUUCUCAAAAUCAUCGACAACUAGUUCGAUGUAGGUGGAAUUAUAAGUUAGUCGUUUCUACGGAACAUUAAUAAUAAUAAUAUUAAUCGAUGUGUAUAUUAUUGAUAUAUUCGCAGAUGUAUCUAUCGCCGGCUGAUGUAAAUAUUGUAAUGUGCUUCUAUUAAUCAUUAGGAAUAGUGCGCGCCACUGAAACAGGCCAUUGCUCAGUUGCAUUUAGACAAUAAAUGAGGAAAUGUUGGAUUUUGUUAACUGCCUACGUACUCACAUUACCUGCCUCGCGAAUAAGCAUUUUGUUAUAGUCGCAACGUUGCCAUCUGUUUCAUUUAAUUAUAGCUAUUUGUUAAUUUAAUUAUUUAAGUAAUUGUGUAUUGGGAUGCAACUAUAGGACAACACCCCAGGCUACGUAUACUUAAAUCCACCCUAAUCAAAUGAUGACACGGACGUAUACAUUGGGUGGGGUGUUGGAAUGUGAUCUUAAGACGUAUCCUCUAUAUUCUCUAUGACGUAUUCUCACAUGGUACAGUAAACUUAGGUCGAUACUUUACAGAAUCUUAAGGCUAUAAUCAUGCCAAAUCAUGUAUAGAAAAAUUCUAACAACUAAAUUGAUUGGUGUAAAAAUAAUUCCAUCGUUUUUAUAAUAUUCGCUAUUGAAAAGGAUAGAAACUAUUAAUUACAGUUGUCAAUUUAGUUAAGAAUUUUAUACAAAUGAGAUGGCAAUAUUAUGCAAUUGAUAAAUGUAAUAUUUUAUAGGUUAAUUAACUUUAAUGGUUACUUUCCAAUGGCUGGCAAUGGUUUAGUUUCACUGUACGAUCUCUAUAAAUGAAUCUCUAUUUUUUCUACAUACUAUGUACCUAUUGUACAAAUUUACUCAUACUUAUGUAAAGUGUUCAUAUAUAAUUAUUAUUUUAAUACAAUAAAUUAAAUUAUGCAUUAUAAAAAAAGAUUUGUCCAUUAAUUGUUUAUUUAAUGACAAGCUUGUAUUAAAUUGCGUCAAAUAAUAAUAAUAAUUGUAAAAGUUCAUGUGCUUAGUACAAUAAGUAACGUUUUGUGGGCAUCUCACUUCUUAGAUUUCUUUUCGAAUAGCUGUCAAUUACUAUGUCAAUCUGUUAAAACUUAUAAAUGUCUAUGAAAAUACUUUGCACCCUAUAUUUCUAAACAAAAACCUUGUAUAUAUGCGUCUAGACCGGUUGUAUGGAGUGUAAGUUUUAUUUAUUUUUCGAUCGGUAAAUAUAAUAUUAUGAUUAUAAAUUGCGUUAGAAAUAAAAAUAAUAAAUUCGUUUGCCAUUAAAUGUCUUCUAAUUAUAAUCGCCAAAGAAAAUUUGGCAUACACAAUCCAGGAUUGUAAAAAAGAGACUUCUUAACUCCUAACCGGUCUAGUUGUAUACAUGAUCAUAAAUACAAUAUAAUUAAUGGUCUAAUGAAUGAUCAAUACAGAAUUCUAUCCAAUAAAUAAAUUAUUAUAAAUUAUAUUGAUGACAGCUUAUCGUCCGGGAGUCCUUUGCUGUUUCCAGCAAGUACUAUAGUAAUUGAAAGUUCAUGAAGAUUAUAUAAAUAUUUUAGUAACUGGUUUCUUUUUUUGAGCCUAUUCAUCCUCCAGUUAACACCGUAACUCAAUCGUCAGGUGGUUCCGAAGGCAAAAACAACAAUUUAUUUGUCUGCAAAUUUUAACGGGUUUGGAUUCCCCAAUGACAAAAAAAAUUGUGAGCUUACGCUCUAAUAUAUUUGUAUACAAAACAUCUAUUUUAUCGAAUGGCAAUACUUAUCGAUGGAUAGAAUUAUGUCUUGAUAAAACAACAAAACAUUAAAACGAAAUAAAAAACGUUAUAAUAAAAAAAUAAACGACUCAACUCAUGGGCAUUUGACGGAAUGAGCCUUGUUUUGAACCUAACUGGGAUACUUGAUCAUGAUCUUGUCCUCGCCGCAUCAAGUUUGUGAGUUGAACCGUAUGUUUAUUUCAUUUUACUGAAAACCACUCACAAUAUUUUAAAUUAACAAAGAAAACAUGUCACUCAAUAAUAUUAAGAGAUUAACUUUCUGUAUUUAAUUAUUAUUAAUAAUCAUAUUUUUCUAUAAAUAUUGGAUUUAACUAACAAUUUCCUAUAUUUGAGAAACUAACUAUUGAAGCAGGCGUUACUUUGCGGAAGUACAUCAUGUACAAUGGAUAACCAAUUGCUAAUUUUCGCUUAAAUCUGAUAAAAAAAUCAGCAAGUUGAGUAUGUUAAGAAAUAGGGUAGUUGACUCAUAUCAAAUUUAAUUUAAAAUACUAACUAAAAUCUUAAACAUGGAAUAAGGGUCUGAAAUAUAUCGAGAUAUAUUAAUGAAUAGUAGUUAAGGAUUUCUUAUAAAACUUAAUUUAAAAGUCAUGUAUUUUUUCAAAUUUUUCAAUCGUCAAAAACGUUGUCGUCCAUUUUGUGACGUCACAAAGUUACUAUUAACAAUUAGUUUAACGUUUAAUACAAUAAGUAACAUUGUGACGUCACAAAAUGAGCGACAGCGUUUUUGACGUUUGGAAAAUUUAAAAAAAUACAUGAUUUUUAAAUUAAGUUUUAUAAGGAACCCCUUACAAUUAAGCAAUAUCGAUAUAUGUCGGACCCUUAUUUCAUGUACUGCACGAAAUUAAUAUUGUUUAUAUUAAAUUUUAUAUGAGUCAACUACCUCGUUCGGCUUGAUGAGUGUGCGUUCAUCUUUAUCAGCCUUCAGCGAAAAUAGCAGUCAUUCAUAGUAAUCAAACAAUAAAAUAUUGAAACGAA